AUGUCUCUCAAGUUAAAUUGCGAACAAAAACAUGCUUAUGACCUGAUUCUUGCAGCAUGUUUCUCUGGUCAAGGCAAGGCUUUUUUUGUUGAUGGGCCAGGAGGCACUGGUAAAACAUUCUUGUACCGAUCACUACUUGCUGCAUUAAGAUCGCAGGGCUAUAUUGCCAUUGCUAUUGCCACUUCUGGCAUUGCAGCGUCUAUUCUUCCUGGAGGAAGAACAGCGCACUCAAGAUUUAAGAUACCAUUGGACUUUUCGAAAAAUAAAGCUUGUCAACUCAGCAAACAAAGCAGUGUUGCCAAAUUGCUUUUUGAGUGUAAACUUAUUGUUUGGGAUGAGGCAUCAAUGGCUAAGCGAGAAACGAUUGAAGCAUUUGACGAUCUUCUUAGAGACAUAAUGGAUUCUGGUUUUCCUUUUGGAGGCAAGGUUGUCGUUUUUGGUGGAGAUUUCCGACAAACCUUGCCAGUCAUUGAGCGAGCGACGAAGCAAGUCCUCGUAGAAGCAAGCUUUCCUAAUUCUAUCCUUUGGUCUAAAUUACAUCGGCUGAGACUCAAGCAGAAUAUGAGAGCCAUGUUAGAUCCUGCUUUCUGUCAAUUCUUACUAAGAAUAGGCGAGGGAAAAGAACGUGUAGAUGCAAAUGGCGAAAUCACUUUACCGCCUGAUAUAGUUAUUCCUUACUACAAUAAGGAAGAAUCUUUAAACAGGUUACUUGAAAGUGUUUUCCCAGAUUUGCAGCUGUAUUCUAAAGAUCCUUAUACCAUGAUAAAUAGAUGCAUCCUUGCUCCCAAAAAUAGCUCAGUUGAUGAGCUCAACGAGUUAUUAAUAAACAGAUUUCCAGGAAAUCUUCAAGUUUAUAUCAGUUCAGACCGGACAGUUGAGCAGCGGCAUCAAGGAGACUAUGAAGAUUUUCUCAAUUCACAAAAUCCAAAAGGCCUUCCUCCUCACAAGCUGUUGCUAAAAGAAAACUGUCCUAUUAUGCUAUUAAGGAAUUUAAAUCCUAAUGAAGGGUUAUGUAAUGGCACAAGGUUAAUAUGUAGAGAGCUAAGUUCAAAUAUUAUUUCUGCAGAGAUUGUGUUUGGCACUCAUGCACGAAAAAGAGUUUUCAUUCCAAAGAUACCUCUUCAGACAUCUGACAAUGAAAGGAAUGGAAUUCCGUUCAUAAGAACUCAAUUUCCUGUCCGGCUUUGCUUUGCUUUAACCAUUAAUAAAUCGCAAGGACAGACUCUAGAUUAUGUUGGCCUUUACUUGCGUGAACCUGUUUUCUCGCACGGACAGCUAUAUGUCGCACUCUCUAGAGCUAGGACAGCUGCUGAUCUUAAGGUCCUUCUUGUUCCUGGAACGUUUGAUGAGAAAAAGAUUGACUGCAAAACUAGGAAUAUUGUCUUUAAUGAGAUUUUUGCUUUGCUUCAGCAAUAA